AUGUUGAAUAACUACGUUAAAAAGGUCUUCCUUUGCAAUGCUCAAAAGUCUGCAAAGUUAUAUCUCACCGAUCAGCCUGUAGCUGGUUGGCGAACAGGUAAGAGACACACCCUGAAAACCUAAACAUGAGCUUUAACUCACUAUUAAGAAAAAGUUCUAAAACUAAACGUUGUCUAUACUCCAGUAACAUAUUAUAUAAACAUAAAACAUUUUUCAAGCAAAUCCCUAAAAAUAUUGUCCUAGGUUACACUUUUUUUUGCCUUCUGAAAUUUUUUAAUUGCACUUUUUAACAUAUCCUGUACAUUUUUUCCCCCCACAAUUGUAGAAUACAGCAGCCACAUCAGCAAUUUCACAGAGUCAGGAGAUGCUAGCAUCUUUCAGUCUGGCUCUGGAAGCACAGGGUCCAGGAAGAGAAAACUUCCUCAAGAAGAAGAGGACACAAGGAAGAGGAAGAGGACUUCUACACCUAACCCUUCAGAGGAGGGUGUAGUUGUUAACUCAAGAAAGAGGAAAGCAAGUGAGGAGCAAGUACGACCAUCAAAAAAGAGGAGACAAGAGGAAGCCAGCUGGCAGGAGUUUGAGACCAAAUACUGUCAACAGCACCCACUACGUGAAGGAGGCUUCGGCUCUGUCUAUGCUGGAUUUAGAAGAGCAGACCUUUUUCCAGUUGCCAUUAAACACAUAAGCAGAGAAAACGUCAUAAGUAAAGGCGUCUCAGUGAACGGCAAGGUGCUCCCUGCAGAGGUGGCUUUUAUGUUAAGGAUCAGAGAUGCAGAAGGGAGUGUUUCCCUUUUGGAUUUUUAUGAUCUUGACCAGGAGCUCAUUCUAGUCCUUGAGCGUCUGGACCCCUGUGCUGACCUCCUAGAUUACAUCACUGACAGAGGAGGCUUUCUGCAAGAAGAGGAUGCAAAAAUCAUUUUAAAGCAGGUUGUCAAAGCAGCGAGGGAGCUUCAAACCAAGAGGAUCUUCCACCGGGACAUCAAGAUAGAGAACAUCCUCAUUGGAACGGGUACUGCAGUCCCACAAGCAAAACUGAUUGACUUUGGUCUCAGCUGCAUCACCACGAAGAAGUCCACCUAUUCAACGUUUUAUGGAACGUCAGCCCACAUCCCACCUGAGUGGUAUCGGUCCUGUAAAUAUAGGGCUGGUCCCACCACAGUGUGGCAACUUGGAGUGGUACUUUUUGAAAUGCUACACGGAGGGAUAUUUGAAACCACCAGCUACAUGGACAACAAAAUUAACAUCAGGGAGGAGUUAUCUGAAAGUAGCAAAGAUAUCCUUCGCCUGUGUUUGCACCCUGACCCUCAUCAACGUCCCUCUCUGAAACAGCUCCGUUUCCAUCCAUGGCUACAAUAAGCCAUCCCUCACCCUCUGAACCGCAUGUCUAACCUGCAUCCUUCAUCCAUCCCAGAGUGGUACUUUUUGAAAUGCUGGGAAAAAAAAAUUAAAUAAAAAAUCACACCAAAAAGAAAAAAAUACAUAUUUAUAUAAUAAUAAUAAUAAUAAUAAUAAUAAUAAUAAAUAAAAAAACAAAAAAAAAGUUGAAGUUAAAAUUGUUUUUUUUUUAAAGUGCCUCACAUGUGAGGUCAUCGAUGACCUCAUCAAUGACCUCAUCGAUGACCUCACAUGUGAGGACAUCAAAGCCUCGAUGUGA